AUGAUCAAGAGACACAGAGCCGCCGGCCUUCCUGUCCUCCAAUCUCUCGCCACCUUUCGAGCGAUGGGCUUUGGCGUCGCCGGCCUGAAUCUGCCAGACUUCCCGUUUUACCGCGGAGGCCCAAUGGGACCCAAUCUCCCUCCUGCUCAACCGCAGAGUCACAACAAUCCUGCUCCACAGCAGAGUCAAUACAACAAUCCGCAAUCUCCCUCCCCUGUCGCUCCUCUCUACCCACAAGCGCAGAACUACAAUCUCCCUCCUCCUGCUCAACAGCAGCCGCAGCCGCAGCCGCAAUUUCAAAAUCUCUCACAGCCACAGCAACAAUCUCCUCCGCCAGCGCAAAGCAAUGUGAGCAUUGCGCUCCCUCCACAUUUUUUUCAAUUGAACCCGACGAGGCAGAAGGAGUACUUGUCGAUGAAGGCUUGGGAAGCUAACCCGGGAGAUCUUCCUGGACCGCAGUCAAACCUGCAGCCAGAGCAGCAGCAAUAA